GUACUCGGAGGGAUGUCGGAUUUUUAGCUCCGUGUAGUAUGGGAACCGUGUACCCAGAGUGCCGUGUAAAGCGAGGGCCUACUGUAUUUGGAAACUAUCAAAUACUUAUCAGUAUCACAAAGUUUAUGUUGAAAUGAGAUUUUUGAAGAUUUUGAAGUACAAUGUAAAACUUACUCUAGGACUAUGGGUUUCGAAAUUUUAGACGAUUCUUAUUUAUAAUAAAUGUUUAUGGUUCCAGUUUAUAAUAAAUAAUGACGAAUGUUUUAGCGACCCCGUCCCUACUUUCCUUCUUAAAGGAAGAAUUGAAUAGGGGAUAUAUAUUGGACAAUGAUGAACACAGGCAUUUAGCACGAGAAAAAGUAUAUUCUUUUAUGCAAAUUCCUAGAGAAGUGGAAAAGUUUACAGCUUAUGGAUUUUUCUUAUGUGCUUAUUCUUACCUGUACAUUUACACAUUUUUACCAAUACGUUUUUUAAAAGCAAUAUUGUCUUUGCUUUCACGGCCGAUUUCAAAAUAUUUGAGAUUAAUGAAAAGUAAAUUACUGUUGACAAGUGCAGAAAUAUGUGAUAUAUAUAAAGGGUUGAUGCUUGUGAUUUGUACUUACUUAAUGUUUUAUAUUGAUAUUAAUAUGAUGUAUCAUUUAAUCAAGAGCCAGUCUGUUAUAAAACUAUAUAUAUUUUAUAAUAUGUUAGAAGUUGGAGAUAGACUAUUUUCAGCUUUUGGACAGGAUAUUAUAGAUGCAUUAUUAUGGACUGCUACUGUAGGAAAUAGAAAGAAACAGAAAGGAGGACAUUUAGGAGUUAUUCCUCAUCUAAUAUUUGCUCUGGCUUAUUUGUUUUUGCAUAGUAUGCUAGUUCUCUUCCAAGCUACUACAUUAAAUGUUGCCAUUAACUCCAGCAGCAAAUCAUUAUUGACUAUAAUGAUCUCAAAUAAUUUUGUAGAAUUGAAGGGAAGCGUUUUCAAGAAGUUUGAUAAAAAGAGUUUCUUCCAAGUUGCCUGCACAGAUGUUAGAGAAAGGUUUAAUCUUUUUACUUUGCUGUUUAUUGUUAUGCUUCAAACAAUGAAGGAAUAUAGUUGGGAAGAAGAUCGAUUUUGGGUAUUGUUACCAGAUUGUGUAGUAGUAUUAGCAGCAGAAGUUGUAGUUGACUGGAUAAAACAUGCGUUUAUAACCAGAUUCAAUGAUUUAUCAGUUAAUGUGUACAGUGACUAUAUUACAAGUUUAGCAUAUGAUACAGUGUUGAUGCGCAGAAAAAGUGCUUUUUCUGAUCAUACAGAUUUAGUAGCAAGACGCAUGGGGUUUAUUCCAUUGCCAUUGGUUAUUGUUAUGGUUCGAGUUCUUGCUCAUGCAAUAUUUAUGGAUGGAUUGCCAUCAUUAAUAAUUAUACUCUUAGUUUUUAUACUUUUGAUGCUUUCUCACACAUUAAUUAGCUUGGUAAUACUGGGAAAAGGCUGCUGUUUAAUGAAACAACAUAAGAAAGUGGUGGAUGUUACUCAUAGUGAUUCUACAACAUUUACUGAAUCUACAAUUAUAGACAAGGGAAAGGAUAAACCAUUAGGUCGAAAAUUACAGUUUGAUGCUGAUGCUAAUGGGAUUAAAAAUCUGGAAAAAGUUAGACAGUCUGAAGAAGUGCUACGCUUGUCUGAUAUUUUUAUAGAUUGUAAACAUUUAAAUAUCAAUGACCCAAGAAGUGCUAAUCUCAAUCAUGCUAAACAGGCAUGAUAACACUAAUGUUAUUACUUAAGAUUUAUUGUAAUUGGAAAUAUAUUUUUAAUAUAAUUAUAUUUAUAUUUGUUGAAUAAAAAA